UCCGUGUGCGCGAAGAAGGUCAGGCUGAGGGAGGAGGAGACGCGCUGAAACGAUCCUCUCCACCGAAUCAUUGACAGCGUCCCGGUUACCCUACAGAGUUUUUCGGUUGCAGCAGGAUUUCAGGAGGUUAAACAGGAUGAGUUCAGCCGGACUGGAGAAGCUGCGGAUGACCGGCGCGGGAAGAGCCAUCGCCGCGUUAACGAGCGGAGGAGACGCGCAAGGUAUGAACGCAGCCAUCCGCGCUGUGACACGAAUGGGCAUCUAUGUGGGCGCCAAGGUGUAUCUGGUUUACGAGGGUUAUCAAGGGCUGGUGGACGGAGGAGACAAUAUUAAAUUGGCCAACUGGCAGAGCGUCACCGAUAUAAUCCAGCUGGGAGGAACAGUGAUCGGCAGUGCCCGCUGUAAAGCCUUCACUACACGCGAGGGCCGGUUAGCGGCAGCGUUUAAUCUGGUGAAGCGUGGCAUCUCUAACCUGUGUGUGUGUGGAGGAGACGGCAGCCUCACCGGAGCAAACAUCUUCAGGGCCGAGUGGAGCGGGCUUCUGGAAGAGCUCGUCCAGAAAGGUCGUAUCACAGCAGAGACGGCACAGAAGCACGGGCACCUUAACAUCGUGGGUCUGGUGGGCUCCAUUGAUAAUGAUUUCUGCGGCACAGACAUGACGAUCGGUGCUGAUUCUGCCCUCAAUCGCAUCACUGAGAUCAUCGACGCCAUCACCACCACUGCAACCAGCCAUCAGCGCACAUUUGUGCUGGAGGUGAUGGGCCGUCACUGCGGGUAUCUGGCGCUGGUUUCAGCUCUGGCGUCUGGAGCUGAUUGGCUGUUUAUCCCAGAAGCUCCUCCUGAGGACGGAUGGGAGGAGCUCAUGUGUGCUCGACUGGAAGAGAGCCGCAGUAAAGGAUGCAGACUGAACAUCAUCAUCAUCGCUGAAGGAGCCAUAAGCAGAAGUGGAGAAGCCAUAACCUCCAACUAUAUCAAAGACCUGGUGGUGUCGCGGCUGGGUUAUGACACGCGGGUCACUGUUCUGGGUCACGUGCAGCGCGGUGGGACACCGUCAGCCUUUGACAGAGUGCUGAGCAGUAAGCUGGGUGUGGAGGCCGUUGUGGCUCUGCUAGAAGCGACUCCAGACACUCCUGCGUGUGUGAUCGGCCUGUCGGGAAACCAGGCUGUGCGGCUGCCGCUUGUGGAGGCCGUGGAGAUGACUAAAGAGGUUCAGAGGGCCAUGAAUGAGAAGCGCUUCGAAGAGGCCAUUCAGUUACGUGGCAGGAGCUUUGAGAACAACUGGAGCAUUUAUAAGCUGUUGGCGUAUCAGAAACCUGCUGCGGUUCAGAGUGAACACUCCAUUGCCAUUCUGAAUGUUGGCGCUCCAGCGGCAGGCAUGAAUGCAGCAGUUCGCUCAGCUGUGAGAGUGGCUCUAGCCAGCGGACACCGCGUGUUCAUCGUCAACGACGGCUUCGAGGGGCUGGCCAAAGGAGCGGUGAAUGAAGUGUCCUGGAAUCAGGUGGCUGGUUGGACGGGUCUGGGCGGAUCUCUGCUGGGAACUAAACGAACCCUCCCGAGCACCUGCAUGGACAAACUGGUGGAAAACCUCAACAAGUUCAGCAUCCACUCACUGCUGGUCAUCGGUGGUUUCGAGGCGUAUGAAGGUGUUCUGGAGCUGGUGGAAGCGAGAGGCCGCUAUGAUGAACUAUGUAUUCCCAUGUGCAUCAUCCCUGCUACCAUCAGCAACAAUGUGCCAGGAACUGAGUUCAGUCUGGGCAGCGAUACUGCUGUUAAUGCAGCCAUGUCUAGCUGUGAUAAGAUCAAGCAGUCGGCCUCGGGAACCAAGAGGAGAGUGUUUGUAGUGGAGACUAUGGGUGGAUAUUGUGGUUAUCUGGCAACCACCACUAGCAUCGCUGUCGGUGCAGAUGCUGCGUACAUAUUUGAAGAUCCUUUCAACAUCCAUGACCUCACGACCAAUGUGGUGCAUUUGACAGAGAAAAUGAAGAAGGACAUUCAGAGAGGUCUAGUGCUGAGGAAUGAGAAGUGCCAUGAGCACUAUACCACUGAUUUCAUCCAUAAGCUUUACUCCGCCGAGGGGAAAGGUGUGUUCGACUGCAGAGUUAAUAUCCUGGGACAUCUGCAGCAGGGUGGAGUUCCUACUCCCUUUGACAGAAACUACGGCACUAAACUGGGAGUUCGGGCUGUUCAGUGGCUGACGGAGAAGAUGAACGACAGCUUCAGACAAGGUCGUGUGUUUACGAACACUCCAGACACAGCCUGUGUGGUGGGCCUGUACAAGAAGGCUAUGACCUUCAGUCCUGUCACUGAGCUGAAGGAACAGACUGACUUUGAACACCGGAUGCCCAAGACGCAGUGGUGGCUGAAUCUGCGGCUGAUGCUGAAGAUGUUGGCGAAGUACCAGACAUCCUUCAAUGAGUACGUGACGGGAGAGAUUGAACAUGUGACCCGGCGCUCGCUCAGCAUCGACACUGGCUUCUAAAACACACACCGCUACUGCCAUCCAGAAACUAACACACACCACUGCCACUUCAGCGUUAAACGGGUAAACACCUCAUCCUUUAGUGAGUAAAGGAGGGUGAACUCCAGCUCUGUGCCUAUAACUGAUCAUAUCCUCUGCAUUUGCACCAUGUUUACACUGGUUUACGUCACUCCUGUUAUUAUCUAGAUAGCUAUAAACAAUGCUCAUAUCCUUAUAUUACUUGGUUAGCAUUUACAAUUGAGGAUUGAUUUCUGUCAAUUUAAUGUGUUGUGUUUUUUGAUAAAGCCAGCACAUGAUGGUUCUGGUUUUUUAGCAACAAUCUCAUUAUUUUAAUAAGCAGCUGUAGCAAUGCCAGCGUUAUAAACCACACUUUAAAAUAAGAUCUCAUUUAUAAACACGAGUAAAUGAAUUUAUUGUGUUCAGAUGCCAUCAUUUAACCAAAUCAAUAUACUGACAGACUUUGGCAGAACCACU